AUGUCUGAUAUCCAAUUAGAUAUAUUAAAGGCAGUUGAUCUCAGUAAUGGUGUUGUCGCCAAUACUUUGAAUGAUUCCAUCUUAUCAAAAUAUGAUGCUGCAACUUUACAUUCAAAUUUAACUUCAUUAUGGUCUAAAGAUAUGAUUGUUUUCUCUAAGAUUGAACUUGAUCAUUGGAUUUUAACUGAUGAAGCUAAAAGUUAUAUCACAAAUGGUGCCACUCCAGAAAUUCAAGUGGUUGAUUUAGUCUUAAAAUCAUUAAGUAAUUUAAGUAUUUCUGAUUUAAAUUCAAAUUUAGGUCCAUCAAUUGGUCCAGUUGGUCAAGGUAAAGCAUUUAAAAAUAAAUGGUUAGGUAAAGAUGGUGAUAAAUUAGUUGCCAAAGUUGAUCAAUUACCUCAAGAUACUGUUUUAGAUGAAUUAAAACUUAUUGAAUCAACUGGUUCAUUAGAUGAUAAAAAGGAAUUAACUGAAUUAAAAAAGAGAAAAUUAAUUAAUUUAACUAAAAUUAUUGGUUAUAAAAUUGAAAAGGGAGUAAAAUUCAGUUUAGAAAUAGCUACUUUAGAAACUGAUAUAACUUCAGAUAUGAUAACAAAAGAUACUUGGAAAGAUGCUCAAUUUAAACCAUAUAAUUUUAAUUCUGAAGGGGUUUAUCCAUCAUCAGGUGCUUUACAUCCGUUAAAUAAAGUUAGAGAAGAAUUUAGACAAAUUUUCUUCUCCAUGGGUUUUACUGAAAUGCCAUCAAAUCAAUAUGUUGAAACUGGUUUCUGGAAUUUCGAUACUUUAUUCGUUCCUCAACAACAUCCUGCUAGAGAUUUACAAGAUACUUUUUAUUUAAAAGAUCCAAAAGUAGCUAAAAAACCAGAAGAUGAACAAUAUUGGAAUAAUAUUAAACAAGUUCAUCAAGAUGGUAAAUUUGGUUCUAUUGGUUAUAGAUAUCCUUGGAAAGCUGAUGAAUCAUUAAGAAUGGUUUUAAGAACUCAUACUACUGCCAUUUCUUCAAAUAUGUUAUUUCAAUUAGCCAAAGAUCCAAAACCAACCAGAUUAUUUUCUAUUGAUAGAGUCUUUAGAAAUGAAGCAGUCGAUGCUACUCAUUUAGCUGAAUUCCAUCAAAUUGAAGGGGUUAUUGCUGGUUAUGAUAUCACUUUAGGUGAUUUAAUUGGUUUCAUGGAUGAUUUCUUUGGUAAAAUGGGAGUUGAUAAUUUAAGAUUUAAAUCAGCUUAUAAUCCAUAUACUGAACCAUCUUUAGAAAUCUUUGCUUAUCAUAAAGGGUUAGGUAAAUGGGUUGAAAUUGGUAAUUCUGGUAUGUUUAGACCAGAAAUGUUGGAAUCAAUGGGUUUACCAAAGAAUUUAAGAGUUUUAGGUUGGGGUCUUUCCUUAGAAAGACCAACUAUGAUCAAAUAUGGUGUUUCUAAUAUUAGAGAAUUAUUAGGUCAUAAAGUUUCAUUAGAUUUUAUUGAAUCAAAUCCUGCUGCUAGAUUAGAUGAAGAUUUAGUUGGUUAA